AUGUCAUCCGGAGUUGCUGGUUGUACUCAAGUUGCUUCAAAGAGUGUAGAGGGUCGAAUGGAGGCUCAAGUGCAGCUCAUGAAGAGUCAAAUUGACUACUUGCAUGAUGCUUUGGCCGAGGUGAAGGAGGCGAACCGAGACUUGUCUCAAAUGCUUUCAAAUCAGCAAGAUAAAGUUAUGGUGAGUUUUGAGAAAAUUGCUGAAAAUUUGAGAGUCUUAUGUGAUCGUUUUGAAGUAAAACAAGUACCCUCGUAUGUUGGAAUGUUGCAAGUGUCAUUGCCUUUGUUUUAUGAUUGCCAUAGAGACUAUGAUACUUGGGAAAAGAGCAUAGAGAAUUUGUUGGUGUUGCUUAACAUAGAGAAAGAGAGUGAGAAAAUAGUCUUAGCUGUAGGUUGUUUUUGUUCUAGUGCUUUAAAUUGGUGGAAGCUAGUUUCAAAUAUCUAUUCGCAUCAUUUGUAUCGUAAUUUGGAUGAUUGGCAUGAUUUGAGGAAUGCUUUGCAAGAAAGAUAUGCUGGUACUAACACCUUUGAUAAAGCAAAAGUGAAGUUACUCAAUUUCAAGCAGAAUGAUAGAUCCGUUCAAACUUACUUUGAGGAGUUAGAAGGUGUGUUCCUGAGUUUGGGUGUGGAUGAGAACGACUACAUGUUGACUGAUCGAUUCCACUAUGGCUUGGACAAGGGGUAUAAACAACACCCAAAGAUAAGGAGGCAAUCAAGGCUCUACGAGGCAUACUAUGCUGCCUUAGAAGUGGAGAGAGAGCCUGAUACUUCUUGUGGUAGGAAUGGUCCAAUUGAGGAUCAAUGGGCAGGGGUGACCUUUUUGAACACAGACGCAGAGAGCAGCCUGGAACAACCUUUGAGGCUGGAUAAGUUGGACCAGAGGCCCCCAGGUGCAUCUUCCUUAGGACAAGCAGCAUCUACUCCCACUCCGGCUGGACAGUUGAGGCAGAAAGAUUUCAACAAGCAGACCAGGCCAAUCAAGGAAGAAAGGAUGGAUCUUGACUACCUAUGUGAUAGGGAGUUGGUUCAAAAGAGCUAUGAUCAAGAUGAUGAGAAUGUCAUUAACUUUGGGGUUCAAACCAAAGGAGAUGAUUCACUCAUGGAAAUAAGUGCUCAAGAGUAUCAAAGGAGUUUGACUGUAGGUUUGGACAAAUUAUGGGGAAAAGAAGGUGGUGAGAAUGGAUUGGGGAAAUCGGUUACCAGUCCCUUCGAUGAGGCCAUGGAGGCAUUGUCUUCUUUGAUUACCAAGUGGAGUCGAGCUGAUAAGCGCAACAAGGCUCAACUUGCACUUUUACGGAGUCUAUAUUACGCAAUUAUGGCUUCCAUACAUGGCUUUUCACUUCACCGCACCUCAAUGAUAUUCAAGAAAGAUUUAGACUGGAUGGGUGAGGAAUAUGUCAGUAAGGAGCUUCCAAUGCCCACCUAUUUCCGUUUCCUAGCCUUACUUGCAUUCAAGAUUUUCGAGCAGGUAGAUGUGGCUAUCUUGGAGGUUGGAUUGGGUGGAAGAUUUGAUGCCCCAAAUGUGCGUGGAGUGCCAACUUUUACAGCUCCGCAGCCAGAUGAAGCCAUGCUUGUACUUGAAGGCCGAGCCUCUGAGUUGGAUGUACCUCUUCAAGUUACGACAACUUUAGAUCCUAACUUGCUAAAUGGUUCAAAUCUGGGACUUGAAGGAGAGAACCAAUAUGUAAAUGUUGUUGCAUUGUGCUCUACAUGGCUUGAGAAGACGGGCAAUGCUGUAGUGGAUUACCUAAAGAUGUUAGGAUUGACAACUGCUUCAAUGCAAGGACGUGCUCAAAUAGUCCCGGACCAUGUAGCUGAGAGUGGAAGUUCAGGGGAUCUAUUGUUCUACCUUGAUGGUGCUCACAGCCCCGAGAGCAUGGAUGUGUGCGCCAAAUGGUUUUCUACUGCCAUUAAGGAAGAUCAUGAACCAAAGAAUGGAGUGCUUACAAAAAGUCAACUGUCUCACAUCAUGUUCAGAAUUGCUAUCAGAAUGGUUCUAGAAACAAUUCAAUGCAGAGCAUGGUUGAGAAGCAAGUUAAUGAUAUUUGGGUCUGGAUUCUACCUACUGCACUGUUCUAGUAUUUUAGAUUUCAUUUCAUGUCUCAUUGUGAAAAUAGUUUUUGUAGUUCUGGGAUUGAGCCUUCUUACAAUAUUGCAGUUCAUUCCUAUCCUAAAGCCUUGCAAUCAUGUUGAGAAUCACUGCAACCGUGACCCUAAAGUUCAUGAAAUCAUAUUCUUCAUUGGCUUGUACUUUCUAGCCCUGGGAACUGGAGGAUACCUGCCAAAUUUGCAAGAUUUUGGAGCAGAUCAGUUUGAUGAGAAUCAUUCAAAGGAAAGAAUCACUACUAGAAAAAGGAAGCCAGAGGGGAGCCCCUUAGUUUCCAUUUCUCAUUUCCUUAUUGCUGCUCUAACCACAAGGAAACUUCCCCAUCCUUCAAGCACUGACAUGUUAUAUGAGAUGUGUGAAUCUCAUAACCUUCAUGGAAGGCUACUAUGUCACACAAAUAGCCUCAGCUGUCUUGAUAAAGCAGCAAUAGUUGAAGAUAAUGAUAAGCAGAUCAGCACUAGGAGACUAGCAACAAUUAUCAUGGUUGAGGAGACAAAACUUGUAUUUAAUUUGUUUCCAAUACGGCUAACAUCUGUGAUAUUUGGAGUUUCCUUGGCGCAGUCCCCAACAUUCUUCAUUAAGCAAAGCAGUAUGAUGAACAGAACUAUAGGAAACAAAUUUGAAAUCCCACCUCCUAGUUUUGGUACUGUUGGUCCGCUCACAACGUUACUCGCAAUUGCUUUUGAUGAGAAGAUACUAACCCCGGCACUAAGAAAAGCCAAAGGAGAUGAGCGUGGCUUAAAAUUUUUUCAGACAAUAGGUAUAGGAAUGAUAUUCCCAAUCCUAGGGAUGGCAGUUUCCGCAUUGGUGGAGAGAAAAAGGUUAGGAUUAGCCGAAGAAGAAGUUGAACAAGGAAAUCAAACAGGACAAACUCUUCCAAUGAAUGUGUUUUGGAUACUUCCUCAGUACAUGAUUUUCGGAAUUGCAGAUACAUUUUUCCUAGUUGGUUUACAAGAGUUCUUUUAUGAGCAAGCUCCUGAGUCAAUGAGAAGCUUAGGCGUCGCGUUUCUAUGCAGUGCUCUUGGAGUUGGCAACUUUGUUAGUGGUUUCAUAAUAUCCAUUAUAGCACACAUCACUGAGAAGUUAGGAACCAGUUGGUUUGGGAAGGACUUGAAUAGCAGCCGUUUAGACAAGUUUUACUCGCUCAUGACAAUUAUAAGUGUUGUCAACUUGCGUAUGUGUGUUUUCUUUGCAAAGAGACAGAUGUACAAGAAUGUGAAGAACAAAAUGUCGGUGGAUGAUAAGAUAACGGACUUGGACGAUGAUGACCAAGAUUCUAUUGUCAAUGUCAUGGAAUCUUUCACCAAUUCCGGAAGUAUUCAAGAUGAAGUUCUAAAGUGA